GACCACACCUGCUGUCUCCAGUGUCAACAGUCACGCUCAGUGCGGCCCUGCUUCUCACCCUCCGUGCCCGCCGCUGCAGUCUCGCCUGCUCCGCCAGCCGAGCUCGCCUCCGGACUUCCUGCUUCCGCGCCGUUGCGCGACGCCGAGCACCAUGGUCGCCGGCCCGCCCGUGACGUCGCCGGACAUCCAGCGCGUCACGCUGCACUCGCCCAUCGCGACGCGCUGGCACCUCUACGCCACGCCGUUCGCCGUGCUCUACCCGCUGCUGGCGUACGCCUACUUUGUCGCCUAUGACCGCUGGAUCCGCUCCGAGGAGUGGACGUUUGUCUACACCGUCGGCCUCAUCUCGGCGCAUGCGCUCAGCUUCCUCGUGACGCGCUGGAGCAUCGGCGCCCGCGCCGCCAUCACCUGCACCAGUGCCCGCACCAUCGCCGAUGCGUCCAUCGUGCGCAUCUACCCGCGCGCCCACAAGGGCGAGGGCGAGCUGGCCAAGAUCAACCGCGUGAAGCGCGAGGGCCUGCCCGAGGAGGUCUCCUUCACCUACCAGGCCGACAAGUACAUCCUCACGCAGCCCGACCCCAAGGCCGCCGUCACGGCCGUGCACUCGUCGCCGCUCGUCUCCGUGCCGACGUUCCGCCGCCUGCCGUUCCCCGCCGAUGCGCGCCCGCUGCUCGGCUCGUUCAAGGGCUCGCGCGGCCUGGCGUCGCAGCAGGAUGUGACGCUCGCUGAGGGCACGUACGGCAAGAAUCACUUUGACAUUCCGAUGCCGACGUUUAUGGAGCUCUUCGCCGAGCACGCCGUGGCGCCGUUCUUCGUCUUCCAGAUCUUCUGCGUCGGCCUGUGGAUGCUUGAUGAGUACUGGUACUACUCGCUGUUCACGCUCUUCAUGCUCGUCGUGUUUGAGUGCACUGUCGUGUUCCAGCGCCUGCGCACGCUCGGCGAGUUCCGAACCAUGUCCAUCAAGCCGUUCCAGAUCCAGGUGCACCGCGCGGGCGCCUGGACGGAGGUCAGCACGACGGACCUCGUGCCGGGCGAUGUCGUCUCGGUGACGCGCUCCAAGGAGGACUCGGCCACGCCGUGUGACCUGCUGCUGCUGUCCGGCAGCACGAUCGUCAACGAGGCGAUGCUGUCCGGCGAGUCGACGCCGCUACUGAAGGAGGGCAUUGAGCUGCGCGAUGACCAGGACCGCCUGGACGUCAACGGCCAGGACCGCAACAACGUCGUCUUUGGCGGCACCAAGGUGCUGCAGACCACGGCUGCCGGCAGCGCCGAGGGUGCGGCGCCCGUCAAGGGCCAGCUGAAGACGCCCGACGGCGGCGCUGCUGCCGUCGUCUUGCGCACCGGCUUCGGCACGAGCCAGGGCCAGCUGAUCCGCCUCAUGGUCUUCACCAACGAGGGCCGCGUCACGGCCAACAACCUCGAGGCGUUCCUCUUCAUCGGCUUCCUGCUCAUCUUCGCCAUCGCCGCGAGCUGGUACGUGUGGGUGCGCGGCAACGAGAUGGGCCGCCCGAAGGGCAAGCUGCUUCUUGACUGCGUCAUGAUCAUCACGUCCGUCGUGCCGCCGGAGCUGCCGAUGGAGCUCUCGAUGGCUGUCAACACGUCGCUCAUGGCGCUCGCCAAGCACGCCAUCUUCUGCACCGAGCCGUUCCGCAUCCCGUACGCCGGCCGCGUCGAUGUGUGCUGCUUCGACAAGACGGGCACGAUUACGGGCGAGAACCUCGAGGUGCAGGGCGUGGCGCAGGUCGGCGCGCAGAAGCCCUCGGACCUCGUGCUGCUCAAGGACACGGACCGCGAGACGACGCUCACGCUCGCCACUGCGCACGCGCUUGUGCUGCUCGACGAUGGCGUCGUCGGCGACCCGAUGGAGAAGACGACGCUCGACGCGCUCGCAUGGAAGCUCAACAAGGGCGACGUGCUCGCGCCCCAGGACAUCAAGGAGUCGCGUCUGAAGGCCUCGGUCAACGUGCGCCGCCGCUUCCAAUUCUCGUCGGCGCUCAAGCGCAUGUCGACUGUCAGCUUCGUCACUGAGCACAACGGCAGCCGCCGCACGUUUGCCAGUGUCAAGGGCGCGCCCGAGACGCUGCGCUCCAUGUACCGCAACGUGCCCGCCGGCUACGACGAGACGUACAAGGGCUUCACGCGCCGCGGCAGCCGCGUGCUGGCGCUGGGCUACCGCUACCUCGAGGGCGUCGGCUCCGUCGACGCCAUCAACGCACUCUCGCGCGACCAGGUCGAGGCGCAGCUCGAGUUUGCUGGCUUCCUCAUCUUCCACUGCCCGCUGAAGCCCGACGCCGUCGUGACGAUCAAGCAGCUCAACGACUCCUCGCACCGCUGCAUCAUGAUCACCGGCGACAACCCGCUUACUGCCAUCCACGUCGCCGGCGAGGUCGAGAUCGUCGACCGCGAGACACUCAUCCUCGACACGCGCGAGGGCGCCACGCACGAAUCGCAACUUGCCUGGCGCACGGUCGACGAGUCGAAGAUCAUCCCCGUCGACGCCUCGGAGCCGAUCGACGAGUCGCUCUUCGACACGUACGACGUCUGCAUGACGGGCGCCGCGCUGAAGCAGUACGCCACGCGCGACGCCUGGAAGGUGCUGGUGCAGAACACCUGGGUCUACGCGCGUGUCAGCCCGUCGCAGAAGGAGCUCAUUCUCAACACGCUCAAGAGCCUCGGCUACAUCACGCUCAUGGCCGGCGACGGCACCAACGACGUGGGCGCGCUCAAGGCUGCGAACAUCGGCGUGGCGCUGCUCGACGGCACGCCCGAGGACCUGCAGAAGAUUGCCGAGCACCAGCGCAACGAGCGCAUGAAGAAGGUGUACGAGCAGCAGCUCAAGCUCACGGCGCGCUUCAAUCAGCCGCCGCCGCCGGUGCCUGCCGCGCUCAAGACGCUCUACCCGGAGCUCGAGAAGGCCCGCGACGAGGCGCUGGGCAAGAUGCAGCAGCAGCGCGUCAACAAUCCGACGGCGAAGUUCGACCUCUCGAGCAUCACGAGCCAGAUGGCCGACAUGGACAUGGAGGAUGGCCCGCCGCAGAUCAAGCUUGGCGACGCCUCCGUUGCCGCGCCCUUCACCUCGAAGCUCACCAACCUCGCGGCCGUGACGCACAUCAUCCGGCAGGGCCGCUGCAGUCUCGUCGCCAUGGUGCAGCAGUACAAGAUCCUCGGCCUCAACUGCCUCAUCCAGGCCUACUCGCUCUCGGUCAUGUACCUCGACGGCAUCAAGUACGGCGACUACCAGGUUACGAUCAGCGGCAUGCUCAUGAGCGUGUGCUUCCUGAUGCUGUCGCGCGCCACGCCGCGCGAGCAGCUGUCGAAGCAGCGCCCGCUCGCGAGCAUCCUCGACUGGUACAUGCUCCUCUCGAUCCUCGGCCAAUUCGCCCUGCACAUUGCGUCGAUGCGCUACAUCACGAACCUUGUUCCGGUGUUUGAGGAGCCCGAGAAGGUCAUCGACCUCGAGGCCAAGUUCAACCCGUCGCUCCUCAACACGGCAGUCUUCCUGAUCGGCCUCAGCCAACAGGUCUCGACUGUUCACGCCAACUUCGUCGGCGAGCCGUGGCGCGAGAAGCUGUCGGCCAACCCAACGAUGUACUACUCGCUCGUCGGCGCCUUUGGCGUCGCCUUCGCCGGCGCCACCGAGUUUGUGCCGGAGCUCAACUCGUGGCUGCAGCUCAUCAAGAUCCCGGGCGACUUCAAGAAGCACCUCCUGGGCGCGAUGGUCAUCGACUACGUUGGCUGCCAGGUCAUCGAGAACGUAACCAAAUUCAUCUUCGCGCGGCAGAAGCUCGGCAGCCUCAUCACCAAGGGCAGCGAACGGCGCGAGCAGCGCCGGCGCGCGCUUGCCGGUAACCUCGAGCAGCUGUCCGAGAUCGCAAAGAAGGCGCAGUAAAGGCAGCGGCUCAAGAGUCUCCAAAAAUAGAUCGGAUGCGUAUGUUACUUGUUUCAGGCGUGCGCAACAGGGGGAGGGAUGGCCUCAGCGCAGACGUACGUAUCCCUUACCUCGGGUCUCCACCAAAUUCGCCGUCUGCAUCGCUGCGCUGCACAUCCUUCUGGAGCCUGCUGCUCAGGCAAGGCUUGCGUGCGUUUCAUCAUGCGAUUGCAAGGGUCACUCUGGCGGCGCUGGC